UUGAAGAAGUUGGUAGUUUGUUCCCCUUAACACAGUGUGUGGUCACAGACACCAAGUGACCUGGGCCAGUACUUGUUCCAUGUGUGUCUGUUGGUGUGAGUUAUGUCCAAAUCCACGAGCCCGAAAGGAAGCGAGCAGAAGCAGCUGCCGAUCUGUCGGCACAGAGCCCGACUGGUCCAGGCUGUCCGGGACAGCACUUUCCUCGUUGUCACCGGAGAAACUGGCAGCGGGAAAACCACACAACUGCCACAAUAUCUCCAUGAAGCAGGUUUUUGUAGAGAUGGCAGAAUCGGCAUCACGCAGCCCCGCAGGGUGGCUGCCAUCACGGUGGCCCAGAGGGUGGCCCAGGAGAUGCAGUGCACGCUGGGAAGGGAGGUGGGCUACCAAGUGCGCUUUGAUGACUGCACAUCACCGGACACAGCGGUGAAGUACAUGACCGAUGGCUGUCUGCUCAGAGAGAUCCUGGCAGACCCUGGACUCUCUCAGUACAGUGUUGUCAUCCUGGAUGAAGUUCAUGAGCGCAGCCUCAACACAGACAUUCUCCUGGGGUUAAUAAAGAACAUCUUCUCCAACCCUGCUACACCCACCAAGGGCCGAUCGUGUUCUUUGAAGGUGGUUGUGAUGUCUGCCACUUUGGAAGCUGACAAGCUUUCAGCUUUUCUCGGCAACUGUCCCGUCUUUGCUAUUCCUGGGAGGACGUUUCCUGUGAGCUGCAUGUUUGGCUCGGCGGUAGGACCUAAAGAUGUGGAAAGCACUGGCUAUGUGAAAGAGGUUGUGAAAGUAGCCCUGGACGUGCACACCAGUGAAAUGGCCGGUGACAUUCUGGUGUUUUUGACAGGUCAGUCAGAGAUUGAACGGGCCUGUGACUUGUUGUACGAAAAGGCUGAGUGUAUAGAUUACCGCUAUGAUGUGCAGGACCAAACAGUGGAGGGCCUUCUCAUCCUGCCCCUGUACGGAUCCAUGCCUACUGAUCAACAGAGGCAGAUCUUUCAGCCACCCCCUCCAGGAAUAAGAAAGUGUGUAGUAGCCACUAACAUUGCAGCAACAUCUCUCACCAUCAAUGGAAUACAGUACAUCGUGGACAGCGGGUUUGUGAAGCAGCUCAACCACAACUCCAGGGUGGGCAUGGAUGUCUUGGAGGUGGUGCCUAUUUCAAAGAGCGAGGCUCAGCAGAGAGCAGGCCGAGCAGGACGGACCUCAGCUGGGAAAUGUUUUCGAAUCUAUACCAAGGAGUUCUGGGAGAAGUGCAUGCUGGAAUAUACAGUUCCAGAGAUCCAGAGGUCAAGUCUGACUGCAGUAGUGCUCACACUCAAGUGUCUGGGUGUUCAUGAUGUGAUUAGGUUUCCUUAUCUGGACCGUCCGGAAGAGAGGUUUAUUCUAGAGGCACUGAAACAGCUCUAUCAAUUUGAUGCCAUUGACAGAAGAGGCAGAGUGACCCAGCUGGGGGAGCUGAUGGUGGAGUUCCCCCUGCACCCAGGCCUCACCAGGGCUUUGCUCAAAGCUGCCUCACUUGGCUGCCAGGAGCUGCUGCUCCCUGUGGCUGCCAUGCUGUCUGUGGAGAACAUCUUCAUCAGGCCAGGCCAACCUGAGAAACAGAAGGAGGCAGACAAGAAGCACAGAAAGCUGGCUUCAAAGACCGGCAGUAUGAAUGACUUCGCCACGCUCCUCAGUGUGUUUCAGUCGUGCAAAUCCAGUGACAGACCCUCGGCAUGGUGUAAGGAGAACUGGAUCCACUGGAGGGCGCUCAAGUCUGCUUUCAGUGUGGAGACUCAGCUGAGAGAGAUUCUCACCCGUCUGCAGCAGAAAAGAGAUUUCCCAGUAGAAACAUUUGAUGGUAACAAGAGUGAACUCCUCAGACGAUGCCUGUGCACAGGAUACUUCACCAACGUUGCCAGAAGGUCUGUCGGAAAGGUGUUUUGCACAAUGGAUGGCCAUGGAUCUAUGGUUCACAUUCAUCCGUCGUCAUCGCUAUUUGACCAGGAGGCAGAGCUGAACUGGGUCAUCUUCCACGAUGUGCUGGUGACGUCCCGGGUCUACAUCAGGACUGUGUGUCCUAUUCGAUACGAGUGGGUCAAGGAUUUAUUACCUAAACUCCAUGAAGUGGACGUCUAUGAACUGAGCAGUGUGGCCAGAGAAGAAGUUACUGAUGAGGAGAUGAUCAAAUGGGAGAGCAGAGAAGCAGCCAAAAGACAACCAGAGGUUUCCACUGAGAGUGUCAUGAAGAAGCUGGAGAAGCGAAACAACGAAACCACCGUCAGCGACGCUCGUGCUCGCUACCUGCAGAGAAAGCAGCAAAGACAGCAGAGCAGCUCCCAGUGACAGGAAGCAUCUGGUUGUGAUGAUGUGAUUAAAAUGCUGCAUUUACAACAUUUUGGACAAGACAUCUGAACAAUAAACAUACAUUUGGAACAUCUCA